CAAUAAGUAGCCAAUACGAGCCGAAGGAAAAUUUCACAGAGCGCGAAAUAUUUGACAAACGUGCAUGUCGUAGUUUGCGAGAUAACGCAACUUCGAAGCAACUUCAGCACAAUGUACCGCAGCACAGUGGAUGACCCUGUAGAUUGCUCCAUCGAGCCUCCGAGUUUUUAUUCCAAAAACAGCGACUAUAAAAACCCACUGGAACGGAAGCGUCUCCGUGCUCUAAAUCCCGAACCUAAUAAUCGUGAAACAACAAAAGCGGAUGAGGUCGAAAGGUCCCCUCCAAAGAAAUACGCGACAAAGACGCGAAAGAUCAAAACAGCCUCGAAAAGUUCAAGAAAGAUGUCAUCUGCGAAAAAAACAAGCACAAAACCGGAGACGAAGCUUCAAGAAAAGAACGCGGAGAAAACGAUAGUAAUACCUCUUCAGUGCCACUCUAACAACGUUCAGGAAAACGACGGACCACCGGCGAAAAAACGCAGGUUUUUCUCAGGACCGCCACGGACCGCACUGGAAGCUACAAAACGCGUCGUCUGCCAUUUUAAAAAGAGCUGGAAUUCCGGAUUCUCGGUGAGGCCAGCGACAGCUCCGAAAGUUUCUCGUCCAACUCGAAUUCGUCCUUCGUCAACUCAAGAUCCGGGCGAAAUUUGUACGGCAACUCCGACAAAGGAAUCGGAUAAUCAGAUGCCACCAUGCAAGGAAGACUCGGCGUGUAGUGGCAAUCAGAAACACGUGAUCGAACAGGAUCAAAACUGGAACGUGCAGGAUGAGAAAGAAAACGAUGCAACGCAACAUGUUAGAACCACCCCGCUGCUUGCACGCACCAUGCCAUGCAUGAAGCAAGCCCCGGAUAAAAUUCCGACAAAAUCCACCUUUGCCAGGAAUCAAGCCUCCUCAAAUGAAGUACACGAUCGGGCAGAAAUUAAAGCGCAGUCUGUCAACGUAACUCUGACGAUUCCUAAUGCGUCUUCAACUGCAACAGGCAUCCAUGCACAGAAGCAGCCAUCAGACAUAGACACCAGAAAGUCCAGUGUUGUCUGCAUCGGUGAAGCGGAUGAUUUGACACUCAACGCCGGGUCUGCAAAUAGCGUGGGAGCAGAACGACCGUUGUUUCCAGUUUUUUGCAAGAAGGCGCGGGAAAAGACGUCUGACGGAACGGGUACGAAAACGAUCCAGACCAAGUUCCAAAAGAAGUUCCUUCGUGCAGCGUUGGAUCCACUGCAGCUGAUAAUCGAUGCUGGACAACAGAAAUUUGGAGCCGUUACGUGUCCAGCAUGCGGCAUGACCUACAGUGCGGGUGAUGCAGACGACGAGGUUGCCCACCUACAAUACCAUCAGAAGGAGUUGGGCACCGUCAAGUUUUUGGGCUGGAAGAACGAGCAUGUGGUGGACGUCGGCCUCACUUCCGACAGCCGUAUUGUGAUGGUUCGGCCGUCCGACAAGAAGCACAUGCUCGACAAAGUUAAAGACAUUCGGAAACGUGUCGAGAGGGACCUCGGACCUGAGGCCGAAGCAGAACGGAAAGCAGAACUGUCCCACUUCAUCUACGUCAAACAGAAAGAAGUCGUUGGAUAUCUUUCCGCCGCGUCCAUAACCGAGGCAUACAGGGUCGUGCGGCGCAGGGGAGCCAAGAGCUCGGAAAGCAUGACUUACGAUCCCGAGCCCGUAGCAGCGUGCUGCGGUGUAUCGCGUAUCUGGGUCGCCGAUUCGCACAGAAGGAAAAAGGUCGCCACAAAGUUGUUGGACUGCCUCAGGAAACGCUUUUUCCACGGGGAACUGGUCGACCCUAGGCAACUGGCAUUUUCUGUGCCUUCAGCGAUGGGACAGAGAUUGGCUGCGUCGUACUGUAAAACGGAGGAAUUUCUUAUUUAUUGGUAGCCUAGAUUUAGGUUUGAGUGUGCUUCUUUUUUUUUUUUUUUUAAUCGCAUCAAUGAGCAUUUUAAUGAGACGGAAUGCUUAGUCUUUUCAACAAUGUAUGUAUCUCUAGUCUUUAUUUUUGGCAAUACAGCAUUUGUUAACACAAUAAACAUGUGUCAACGUGUA